GCGGUGCGGCGGUUUCCAGGAGCGCUGUGCUGCGUGCACCGCCCGGAGUGAAGCCGCGUUGCACACAGGCAGGGGAGCAUGGAGCCGGCGGCCGGGCCGGGCUGGAGGGGCCUUUGCCCGGCUCCGGGGGGCACCGAUCCGGGCCGGGGCUCCUCCGCGGCCGGGAGGGAGGAGAAGGCACAGGGCAGCUGGUCGGGGGCGGCCGGCGGCAACUGGAUCACGGCUCACCCCACGUUCACAGAAAUGAUGUCACUUGAUGUGUCUGACAGCACUCAAGUCUACGCUGCCUUUUUGGUGUACCUGGACCUCCUGGAAGGGAGGAGCUGGCAUGAGGUGCAGCCAGUGGGCGUGGCAGAGCUGCAGCUGGUGUGUUUGCAUGCCCGAGCCAAGGAGCAGGAGGGGCUGCAGGUGAUGGUGCCAGUGCCUGCUCACAUCCUCAUCAGCCACGAGAGGUUAAGGGAAAUACUGAAGAAAGCCUCUCUGCCUCCAGAGGAUCCUGACACCCUGCUGUCAGUUACCUUGGCCAUAGUUGAGACAGACUCCACAAUAGUCUACUAUAAAAUGACUGAUGGCUUUGUAAUGCCAGAUCCUCCUGGUGAUACUGAAGAUGUGGAUAAUAAACAGUGGAGGAAGAAAAGAAAGAAACUUUUCAAAUGACUGGGGCAGAGAAAACAGAACGUUUCUUGAACUCCUCAAACUCAAACAAAUUCAGGAACUGAUGUAUGUGAAUAAGUGGUGAGCUAAAGUCUGCCUUGGCAUAUCUAGGAUGUGUUCAGGGGGAGCAGAGGCUUGUGCAGCUGCACUGUGAUGAAAUGCCAUUUGAGGUAUGAAGUAAGUCAUGCUUUGACACAGAUCAGUCCUGACUAAUAAAAUACUGU